GUAGUACUACUAGUGGUUGUGAAUAUCACAAUCAAUAAAUAUAUUAAUAUUAAUAUCACAUUAUCAAAUAAUUAAAUAAAUAAUCCAUUCACCCUCUCUUGCUUUCAAAACCAAAACAUUACUCACAUUAAUUUCAAAUUCCUCCUCAUUCAUCUUUGUACCAAAAAAAAAAAAAGCAUAUAUUAUAAACCAUAAUAUAUAAAAAAUGCUUGAUCGUGGAAGAUACUACCAACCCACAAUUUCUUUUCCAGUUUUUGAUGAUAAUAUAUCAUUAGGACAAAAAAAAUCUCACAAGAACAUCAACAACAUUAGUGAAACAAAAAACUACAACAAUUUUCAACAUCAUAAUCAUCAUGUUGAAGAUGAUGAAUCUUCUGGUAUGUGUUCUCCACCUUUAUGGAAUACUCAACAAAACCAAAAUCAACAAAUCAAGAACAACUAUAGAAAUCUUUCUCCAGAAUCAAAGACAGAAGCAAUUGAAAGAGGACAAAGAGAGUUAAUGGAAAUGGUGAAGAACAUGCCUGAGUCAAGUUAUGAACUUACUUUGAAAGAUCUUGUGGAGCAUAAAGUUCAUCAUCAUGAUGUUGAAGAAAAAACUGCAGCAGCAAUUGCGGAUGCGGACCACAAUUUAAAACCUUGCAGGAGGGUUAUAAAAGAUCAGAGGAAUGAUUUUAGCAACAAAAAUGGACGAAAAAGAGAAGGAAUUAGUACUAGUAGAAAUAAUAGUAGAAGCUUGGAAAAUGGAGGAUUUUAUUUGAAAAUGGGGUUUCCUAUUUCCUUGGGAUCAUCUAAGAAACAUAAUAAGAAGAAAGAGGUGUUGGUUAAAAAUAAUAGUUGUUCGAAGGUUUCGCCUCGAUCGUCGUCGGUUAGUGAUGGAUCUGUUAAUAAUAGUAAGGAUUGGUGGAAGAAAAAGAGUUCUAGCACUGGUCAUUCAGAAUGUGAUGAUGGUAGCAUGAAAAUAUAUGGUAGCAGCAGUACCAGCAGCAGCAGAAGUAAUAGCAGGCAUGAAACGAGUGCUAGUAGUUGCUGGCCUUUUCUACGAAAGUCCGAAAUCACAAAAUAAGUGUGUUAGGAAAACAUUAAAAUCGUAGCGGAAAGUAAUGGUGGAUCAGAAACUACACAUCGAAAGCUUCUACACAUCAUGAUUGACGAAAUUUAAUCACAAUGAAAGUUGUCCACCGUUCAACCAAACACAUACUAAGUGUUGUAUUUGAUGUUCAAGAUUUCAAAAUAUUGUACGAAAAUGAGGGCAUAUAAACAAGUAGGCAAAUACAGCAUUUGAAAUAUUUUAUGAAAUAUGCUUUGUAUCAUAUUCAGCUGACACAUCAAACACCGAAUUGAGAUACGUAGUUUAUCUUGUUAUUUUUCUUUUAUUUUGGUCACCAAACAUAUCUGAAUGCGAAUUUGUUCUACAAAACAUGACUCUCUUAUUUGUGUA